UCUCUCUCUCUCUUACUCUCUCACUCCCCUGUGUCUCCUCGCUCACCCGAUGCGGCCGCAGCACGCUCUCUCAGCUGUACGCAAUCACGGCGACUACUGACAAGCACUGAAACUUUUCUGAAACACGCACACAAAAAUCUCUCCAGAAGCUUCCACAAGAGGAGGAACCAGGGAGGAAGAAUUUGGCCUCCAAACUGCUGGUAUGAGGACGGGGCUGCUACUGGCAGCUCUAUGGCUGCUUCUGCUUUUCACCAUGACGGACGCACAAAAACUUCGCAAGCCUGACGGAGGAAUCCGUCGGAUGAAGAGGAGAAGGGACGGCCACGGUCAAGCCGGAGUCAGAUUGGGGCGUGUUAAAGCCCUUAGGAGUCGACAAGCUCCCCGCGGCCCCGGCGUUUCUGUUCAGAGUGACUUGCUUGUGCUGGGAUCCUACAGGGACGCGCCGGAGAUGCACUCCAGCUACAAUGUUCUACCAGGUAAAACGGGUCAGUGCGCCUACCAGGGCAUGACAAUGUUCGAUCAGGCCGUGUGGUCCCCCGGCCCGUGCGUCACCUGCCUGUGCACGGGCGGUCGGGUGGUUUGCGACAGACAGGCUUGUCCCAUCACGCCCUGCCGACUCCCCCUCGCACCCGCCGCCGCUGGGGAGUGCUGCCCAGUCUGCCCUGACUCAGACCCAGACCUCAGUCUUGAAUUUUCUGGUGACUCCCCAGCGCCCCGCAACCGUGACGACGACCGGCACCAUUCCGUCAUCACUACCCCUACGCUCACCCGCGAGGAAAUCCAGCGCAUCGUCUGGCUGGAAGAGGAAGAGCGCAUGGAAGAAGAAGAACGACUGAAGAAGAAGGAGGAGGCCAGGAGAAGGAAGAAGGAGGAGAAGCAGAGAAAGAUAGCAGAGGAAGAGAAGAGGAGGAGAAGGGAGGAGGAAGAGGAAAGGAGGAAGAAACAAGAGGAAGAGGAAAGGAGGAAGAAACAAGAGGAAGAGGAAAGGAGGAAGAAACAAGAAGAAGAGCUGAGGAGGAGGAAAAUGGAAGAGGAGAAGAGGAGAAAAGAGGAGAACGAAGCUUGGGAGAGAGAGAAGAAGCUGAGGGAGGAAAUACUGCGAGAGGAGGAAGAAGAGGAGGUGUGGUUGAGAGGAGAUGUCUUCCAAAUGCUCCCAAAAGAAGAAGAACCCGUAGAACCAGAUCUCUUCCCAGCUCCUAUCCCAAGACCCCCAGCUGUUACGGAAGAUGAUGAGGUGAAGGUUGAAGAGGAAGACAAGGAAGAGGUGGAGAAGGGAGGUCUUCCUCCCGGUUGCGAGCUCUCCGACGUCACGCUGACUUGCGACAACGCCAAACUGACGUACUUCCCUCCUCUCUUCAUGCCGCAGCUCAAGUCGCUCAGUUUGGAGGGCAACGACAUCAGCGGCAUCCCGGCGGAGGCCUUCAAUGGCAUUCCCAACCUGGAAUGGAUCAACUUGAAGAAGAACAAACUCACGUCAGCCAGUGUUGACCAAAAAGCCUUUCGGAGUCUGAAGAUGCUGAAACGUCUGUACUUGGACGGGAACCUUCUAGAGGUGGUUCCCGCUAAUCUGCCGGCAAGCCUGCAGGAACUGAAAAUCAACGAAAAUAGAUUGCAGAGGAUUCACGGAAACAGUUUGCAAGGUCUGGCUAGUUUAGUGAUUCUGGAGCUGGAAGGCAACCUUCUGAGCGAGGCCAACGUGGACCCCGAGGCCUUUACGCCCCUUGGCCACCUUUGUUACCUGCGACUGGGGCGCAACCACUUUCGCUCCAUCCCCCAGGGCCUCCCCGCCUCACUCCUGGAGUUAUACCUGGAAAACAACCUGAUCGAAGAAAUCCCAGCGGGCGUCUUCAACGGCAGCCAAAACCUCAACGUGCUCUCCCUAAGGCACAACAGGCUGGAGGAGACCCGGAUCGCCCCGCUAGCCUGGAUCCACCACAGGAAUCUGGAGUCCAUGGACCUUUCGUACAACAGACUCUACCUGGUGCCGUCCUACCUGCCCAAGUCCCUAGUUCACCUGGUGCUGGUGGGCAAUCGCAUUGAGAGAAUACCUGGCUUCGUGCUGGCCCACUUGGAGCCGGGUCUGGAGUACCUAUACCUAUCGUACAACAAGCUGGACGGCGAGGCCAUCGAGCCUGAGUCGUUUUUCGGUGCCUACCACUCCAUGCUGGAGCUCUGCCUGGACCACAACCAGCUGCAGGCCGUGCCUUCCGGCAUCAAUGAGAUGACCAACCUCCACUUCCUCAGGCUAAACGACAACCGCAUCAGGAGCGUUCCUGAAGAGGGCAUCUGCGAUCCUGAGCGCACCGGCGACUCCACACUGGUGGCCGUCAGGCUGGAGAACAACCUGAUCGACCCGCUCAAGCUUUCGCCCUCAGCAUUUUCCUGCGUGCGCUCCUCUUCUAGCGUGGUCUUAAAACCACAGAAACGCAAAUGAACGAUAAAAUUCAUAUCGAUUAGAUCGGAGGGGAAAACCGGGAGAUGAAUGUCAACACAUAAGGGCUACCACGAACUAACUCAAUGGUGUUUUCAAGAUUAUUUUUUUAUUAUAUUUCACUAACCAUCACAAGACAAUAAACAAAUAAAUUAAAAAUAAAUAAAAGACAUUGUUUUUUUUUUGUGUGUUUUUCUUUUUUAAAUUUAAAAUAUUCAUGUUAAUAUAUAUAAACAUUAGUUCAAAACAAGACAAUAUUUGUUGAUUUUAUAUUUGUCAGUUGCAUUUAUAUUUUUUUGUUCAUUAAAACUACAAAAUAAAUUAGGAAUAAAAUUCAAUUUUUAGGAUUUCGGAGGAUUUAAAAUAGAAAUUUUUAUGAAUAAAUAUAAAUUUUAAAAUAUUUUUAAAAAAUUGAAUAAAAUAAAGCUAAGAAUACUUGGUCGGUUUUGUUGUUUUAACUCUUUAAAAAAUACAGUAAAUUAAGAAAUUAUUUACAGUUUUUUUAAAUAAUUAAAACUAAUAACCAAAUACAUUAAAAUACAUUUUUUUGCUUUUGUAAUUUCAAGUAAUGUCUGUGUAAAUAAUAAUUAAGAAUGACGAAGAGACGCUUUGAUUUUUUUUUGUUGCCUUUUUUUCAAUUAAAAAAUACAGUAAAUUAAGUUUUUAUUUAAACUAUUAAAAAUAUAACAAAUGUGAAAUUUUUAAUUAAAAAAAAUAUAUUCAUUCAUUCAUUCAUUCUCCAUGCCGCUUUUUCCUCACGAGGGUCGCGGAGGUGCCGGAGCCUAUCCCAGCUCACUACGGGCAGUAGGCAGGGGAAAAAAAAAUAUAUUGUAUAUAAAUAAGAAUAUUUACUAAUAAGAGGCUCAAAUGAGAGAAUUGACGUUUUUUUGUUGUCUCUCAAUGAUUUAUUGACUGCUAAAUAGUUGGCAUUUAAUCGAUUCGUUAUCGAUUUGUCAAUUGAUUGCGGCAGCCUUUCACAACACUCAUAAAUUUCUUUUGUGCAUUCUGCUGUUGAGCUGGGAUCACAGUGAGCACGUUUG